GCAGUCGUUUUCGGAUAUGUAAACUGAUUAGGUUUGUUGUGUCGCGUAGUCGCAGAGUUUCCGCACCGAGGCAAAUUCGCAAAUUGUGAAUCACAGUCACUACUAGACGUCGCGGUCGGGCCAGUUCUUUAUCUCGUCGAGAUUAAUCGCGAGAAAUGUUUACGCCGUGAGUACCGAAUCCGCGACUGAGCAAGUGUUUUCCGUUUGUUCGUCCGCACGACGGUCGGGACUGAGUUUCGAGUGCUAACCCGGGGCGGCCUGCAUGUGAAGGUAAUAGGCAAGAGACGCUAGGACCUGCCCAGCAAUUUGUAGUAGUUACGACUGAGUGAGUGAUUGCGAGGUGGACGAGGGUCCCGCAGACAGGCCGGUGUCACCCACUGUCCAUUUCGGGGAGUCCGAAGUGCGGCCAAUUUAUUGAUUUUCCGCCCCCGGGAGGUGUUUUUUCUUGGAUGGCGACCCCUCAGCCGCCACGAGCACGGGAUCCAAUCGAUUGAAUUCUGACACUCGCACUUGUUUGGAACGGUCCGCUGGCUGCCGCUGCUGCUUGUUUGUUUGCCGCAUCUUUUCCGUUUGUUUUGAUUUGCUCACAGUUCAUUAGCUCCCCCGUCGCCCUACCAUCAUCGCCCGCGGCCCGCACAGGCUUCGCACGAAUUGCCCAGGUCGCGACUCGCUGCGAGCCGAAACGGUAAAGAAACCCCAAGACCAGAGACCGAUCCCGUAGCAACGCUAUGUUCAACGAGAAUAGAUUCAAUUUUUCGCCGCAUGUAGUACCCACCAUGGCGGCCGCAAUGAAUGGCCACAGCAAAUCGAUUCUGUCCAAGCGGCGGUACGAUGGACACAAUUUUGGCCUUACAUCGAAAAAGAAGCAACGGCUGAGCAAGGAACGAAUACCACAACCAAAAAACACAGUGGCCAUGCUAAAUGAACUAAGGCCCGGCCUCGUCUACAAAUUAGAAUCUCAAACUGGUCCUGUACAUGCUCCGGUCUUCACUAUAUCAGUGGAGGUGGAUGGACAGAAAUAUACAGGACAAGGUCGAAGUAAGAAAAUAGCACGUAUCGAAGCAGCCGCUGCGGCGCUACGUAGUUUUAUACAAUUUAAGGAUGGAGCCGUGCUAACACCGCUAAAACCAGCCAUUAAUGUUGACUUUACAAGUGAUGAACAUUUGGAAAAUGGUAUUUCAAAUAUUGGCAAAGAUGAAUUAGUUGCAGUUUUAGAGCAAUAUUUAAGGCAUGCUAAGUCAAAGUAUAAUACCGGCGCUCGUUUAGAAAAAUUAACACGAAAUGUAAUGACAGCCGAAGGGCAAAAACGAGUUCCAGACAAAGGACCGGUGAUGUUACUUUACGAACUCUUCAAUGAUGUUCGCUUCGAUUGUUCCGGGGUCGAUGGUAUUCAAAAUUGUCGCUUCAAAAUGACUGUUCAUGUAAAUAAUGCGACAUUCGAAGGUACAGGACCUUCUAAAAAGCUGGCUAAAAAUGCUGCUGCCAAAGCGGCCUUGGCCUCCCUCUGCAACAUUUCCUACAGUCCAAUGAUAAGUUCACAGAAAAACGUACCCGUGCCCGUCGACGACAAAAUUUCAUCAAUAGAAUUACCACAAAUUCAUGCUGACACCAUAGGACGUCUCGUCACGGAGAAAUUCAUGCAAAUCAUCAAGGGGCAGGAAUCGUACUCGAGACGAAAAGUGUUAGCUGGCAUUGUUAUGACAGAGAACCUGAAUUUCAAUGAAGCAAAGGUAAUAUCCGUUUCGACUGGAACGAAGUGCGUAAAUGGGGAGCACAUGAGCGUCCACGGAGCCGUUCUCAAUGAUUCACAUGCCGAAAUUGUAUCGCGGAGAUGUCUGAUGAAAUAUUUAUACUCACAGUUGGAGCUUCAAGCGAAUUCAGCAACGCAAAACCAAUCAAUAUUCGUACGAAACAACGGCAAUACUAAAUACCCAUAUAAAAUCAAAAACGGCGUUCACUUUCACCUGUAUAUCAACACAGCUCCCUGCGGUGAUGCGAGAAUUUUCAGCCCCCAUGAAAAUGACACGGGUGUGGAUAAACACCCAAAUAGGAAAGCCAGAGGGCAGUUACGAACGAAAAUUGAGUCAGGCGAAGGAACAAUUCCAGUAAAGAGUAGCGAUGGCAUACAGACUUGGGAUGGUGUAAUGCAGGGUCAACGGCUACUCACCAUGUCCUGUUCCGACAAAAUUGCCCGAUGGAAUAUACUUGGGGUGCAAGGCGCUCUCCUCUCGUCCAUCAUCGAACCAAUUUACUUACAUUCAAUUGUUCUGGGUAGUUUAUUGCACCCAGAGCAUAUGUAUCGAGCUGUAUGCGGGCGCAUCGAGAAAGCUAUCCAAGGUCUUCCGCCUCCAUAUCAUUUGAAUAAACCACGUUUAGCACUAGUGACAUCUGCUGAACCGAGAAAUCAAGCAAAAGCGCCAAAUUUCGGUAUCAAUUGGACUAUCGGCGACACCGAUGUUGAGGUUGUGAAUUCGUUAACAGGGAAAACGAUUAGUAAUCAGUCGUCGCGUAUAACGAAAGCAGCUUUUUUCCGAAAAUUUGCGAAUUUGUUGAAAGUCAUGCCUGGAUUACAAAAUAGGAGGAUUGUAUGUGAUUAUGGAGAAACUAAGCUUAAAGUGGAAGAUUACCAGACAGCGAAACGUGAGCUGUUCGAUGCAUUUCGCCGCGAAGAUCUGGGUAACUGGCUGAAGAAACCGAUUGAGCAAGAUGAAUUCUGUCUUCCUGAAUGACUAGCUAUCGCUAUCUUCUUACUAUUCGUAAUUAUGGAAGUUUCAUUGAAGUAUUAUUUCAAGUUGAUUUUAGCCAACUACGAAAAUUUCACUGAAUACAAAAGUUCUUACUACUACAAUAACUACAACUGUAACUUCACAAUGAAUAGAUGCCGUUUUCAAACAACUCCUCUAAUGGCUGGUAGCAAUCUUAAUAAUGGUCAUAAUAAGAGUUAUUACAAUAAUACCAAAUUCUUGUUGGUAGUAGAUAUAAUGCUGCAACUCUCCAAAGAUUUUAAACUGCUAUUAACUCCCAAUGUUGAUGAUGGUAGUGAGCAUAUUGAUCGUAGCAAUGUUAAUACAAAAUUCCCAGAUAUUAUUACUAUUGAAAGUACACAUGAAACAGAGAACUUUCGCUCUAGGAUAUUUCUAGAAUAGAAUGCAGCUCUAUUGCUGGAACUAAGUAAGAAAGUAUUAUGGCAUUACAGUAGUCUUAUAUCAACGAAUUCCCCCUACAUAAGGUUCAUUUCAUUGCCACAAACUCAUAUCAUUAUCGAUCAAAGCCUGUGUUGAAUUCAAUAUAAUUUCUUAAUUUUCGAGUGAAACAAUCCUUAAGUUUUUUUCUUAUUUAUUUUAGUCCUGACAGUAGGGUAAGCGUAGCAUUAAGUGGUGAAUUUGCAAUAAUUGUGUGGAACUGUUGAAAAUUUGGCUGAUAAGCAUUGUAGAUGUUUUUGGUUGAACUGAAUGUUAUCUCAAUUAAACGAUUUAUUUCCAUUCA